GGAAGGACGGGUGCAGAAGAAUGAGGUUUAUUUAAAUUUGUGACCCGCCGGGGGAAGCAGAGCCAAGUUGCCUUUUAUGGUUCCCAGCAAAUCCCAGGCACGUCCGAAAACAUCACCCUACGCCCUCCCUGCGAGCUCGUCUGGGCUGUUCCCGGAGUGGAAAAACGGGGAGAAAAAAAAAAAAAAAACAACGAACCAACCCCACAACCCCACCAGCCCCUGCUGCUGCUGCAGGUCCUGGAGAGUUUCGCAGCUGGAAAGCCCACCCUGCCCCGCUGCAGCAGCCAUGAACAUGAAAACGGCGCUCAUCAUCCUGCUGCUCCUGGCUCUGGCCACGAUCUUCGCCCUGGUCUGCGUGCUGCUGACCAGGGUACCGGCCCCCGGCACCUGCCAGCACCAACCCCCAGAGCCCGAGGUCCCGGAGGACGGCCGCAGCCUGGUGUUUGCCGAUCUGACGCCCGAGGAGCUGGCGCGAGUGGUGCGGUACCUGCAGGGCAGCCUCGGGGUGCCGCUGGUGGACGCCUCGCGUGCCAAACCCUCCGACAACUGCAUCGCCUCCGUGGACGUGCAGCUCCCUGGCAAGGCGGAGGUGCUGCAAUUCCUGGAUGGAGGGGGGGCUCGCCCGCCCCGGGAGGCGCUGGCCGUGCUGUACUUCGGUGACCAGGCGGACCCCAACGUCACUGAGUACGUGGUGGGGCCUCUGCCGGUGCCAACGUAUCACCGGGACGUCACGGUGCAGAAGUACGGGGGGAAGGUGCCGUACCACCGCAGACCUGUUACCGGUGUGGAAUACGUGGCCAUCAGUGCCCUCAUCCACCACGAGCUGAGGAAGGCACCGCGCCUCCUCGCCGCGUGCUGUGCCUCCGAUGGCACCGACCUGGCCGCACUCACCACAGCCCCCCGCGGCUUCAAGUCCGGGGACCGCGCCUCCUGGUUCGUCCUCUUCCACGCCGUGGCCGGCACCGGCUACUACGUGCUGCCGGUGGGGCUGGAGGUGCUGGUGGAGCACGGGGAGCUCGACAUCUCCCUGUGGUACCUGAGCCAGGUCUUCUACAACGGGCACUACUUCUCCAGCAUGGCAGAGCUGGAGGGUGCCUUUGUGGCCGGCUUGCUGGAGGUGAUCCAGGUGGAGAAGCCGCAGGAUGCCACGGUGAUGGGCUCCAUGAGACCCCGGCGCCCUCCUGGCGCCCCGGGGCCGCUGCAGUACGAGCCCCAAGGUCCCCGUUACAGCAUCAGGAACAACCACGUCACGUUCCAGGGCUGGAGCAUCGCCUUCGGCAUGAACCCCAACACCGGCCCGCGCCUCUUCGAUAUCCGUUACCGCGGGGAGAGGAUUAUUUACGAGCUCAGCCUGCAGGAAGCCCUAGCUCUGUACGGCUCCAACUGCCCCGGAGGCAUGUCCACCCGCUACCUCGACGGCAGCUUUGGCAUCGGCAGGUUUGCCUACGAGCUGGUCCGGGGCGUCGACUGCCCCUACACAGCCACCUACGUGGACCGGCACUACCUGGCCGAGUCGGACGUCCCCAGGACGAACCAGAACUCGUUGUGUGUCUUUGAGCACGACGCCGCCCUCCCUCUGCGGCGCCACUUCUCUGACAUGCAGUCCUUGUACUACGGCGGGCUGCGCAAAAGCGUCCUGGUCAUCCGCGCCGUCUCCACCCUGAUCAACUACGACUACGUCUGGGACUUCAUGUUCCACAGCAACGGGGCCGUGGAGGUCCGGGUCCAUGCCACCGGCUACAUCAGCUCCUCCUUCUUCCACGGCCGAGGCACCGACUACGGCAACAAGGUUGGGCCCCACACACUGGGGACGAUGCACCUCCACCACAUCCACUACAAGGUGGACCUGGACAUCGACGGCCAGCUGAACUCACUGGAGGCCCAGGACAUGGGCUACGAGCUGCUGAGGGCCCCCUGGAGCCUGCAGAACACCCUCGAGCGGCCGUUCCUCCGCCGGGACAGGCUGGAGCGGGAGAACGAGGCGGCGUUCCCGCUCGACGCCCCCCUGCCCCGUUACCUCUCCUUCACCGGCCCCAGGCCCAACCGGUGGGGACACGCGCGCAGCUACCGGCUGCAGGUGGUCAGCUCCCCCGGGAAGCAUCUGCCCGACAGCAGCUCCAUGGAGAGGGCCGUCAGCUGGGGCAGGUACAAGCUGGCCGUCACCAGGAGGAAGGAAGAGGAGCCCACCAGCACCAGCGUCUACAACCAGAACGACCCCUGGACGCCCACCGUCGUCUUCGCCGACUUCAUCAACAACGAAACCAUCACCAACGAGGACCUGGUCGCCUGGAUUACUGUGGGGUUCCUGCAUGUCCCCCACGCCGAGGACAUCCCCAACACGGUGACCGUGGGGAACAGCGUCGGCUUUUUCCUGAGGCCCUACAACUACUUUGAUGAGGACCCCUCAGUGGAUUCGCCCGACAGCAUCUACUUCAGCAGCGAGCGGGAGGCGGAGGCGUGCGAGACCAACCCCCUCGCCUGCCUGCCCGCAGCUGCCUGCGCCCCACAUCUGCCCCAAUUCCGCUACGGGGGCUUCCUCAACAUCAGCCUGCCCCCACCGCCCGGCGAGCUCUGAUGGGGACGGGGACACCCGCGGGCAUGGAUGGCCCCCGUCCAGCCAUGGGGCUGCAUCCUUGGAGGGGUUUUGGUGACGGCGGGUGCGUGGCUGGCUCACUGGGACCUGCCCUGCUCUCCUACUCCUCCCCAGGGACAUGGGUGUGGGGCUCCGUCCCACCGAGGUAGGUGGGUGCCCCCUGGGUGAUGGAGCCACUCGGGACCAGGCUGCAGCUGCCCUCUGGGUGCUGUGGUCCUCGUUCAGGCACUGCCUUGGGACAGCAGCCCCCAAGGGACGCCUCCGCUGCAGCUCUGGGUGAUGCUGGGUGCUCGGCUGCUGCAGUGGUGCUGAGCUCUGGGGCCAGGAACU